UUCGCAACGAGUCUUCUCGGAGGCUUUUUUGUUAUAGUAAGUGUGGUUUCUAUGGUAAUAGCAGGAUCUAACAGAUGACUUGGAAUGAAAACAAUCUGCGGUGUCAGAGAAUGUUGAGAAGUGAAACUUGAGGAAAUUCUCAGUUUACAGAAAAUGAAAAUUUUUGGUUGCAAUUAUCUUGAGUCUUCGUUUUCCCGGAAUCAAAUACUAAACAGGAAUGCUGCACACAACAAAUUAUAGUUUGGUGCUGUCUUUACAGUUCCUCCUCCUAGUUUACGACCUUUUAAUGAACUCCUUCUCAGAGUUGUUAAGAAUGGCUUCAGUGAUCCAGCUUGUCCUUUUCAUCAUUCAAGACAUUGCCAUUCUAUUCAAUGUAAUUGUCAUCUUUCUGAUGUUUUUCAACACAUACGUGUUCCAGGCUGGCUUGGUGAGCCUACUUUUCCACAAGUUCAAGGGAACCAUCAUCGUUUCUGCUGUCUACCUGGCCCUCAGCAUUGCUUUUCAUGUCUGGGUCCUAAAUUUGCGUUGGCAGAACUCAAACAGCUUUGUAUGGAAUGAUGGAUUGCAAGCUCUCUUUGUAUUUCAGAGGCUGGUUGCUGUAUUUUAUUACUAUUUCUACAAGAGGACAGCAUUAUGUUUGGGGGAUCCACGUUUCUAUGAAGAUUCACUGUGGCUCAGACAGGAAUUCAUUCGUGUCCAAAAAUAAACCGUUAUGACUGCGAGUUGAUUCCAAGUUGUGAGGAAGUCGAAGAAAGCUGAGCAAGAAUGUCACAUGUUAUAUUCUUUAAUGCAGUGCUAAAUAUUCUUGCCAUCUGGAGUCCAGCUGGUUUCCCCUAGAAAUGGUGAUGUCAUCUACUGUCAAUGUCCCUCACUGCAGAAAAAAAUGCUUUUAAUCAGUUUUAUUCAAAAUGUUAGUUUGUAUGGUCAUUUUUUUAUAUAUAUUUUGAUAUGUAUACAGUAUUUUUAUACUUUUUUCAGAACACUAUUUAAAAUUGCUGUGGUUAGUGAGACAUUGUAUCAACAGUGUGAAAAUGUGAACAGUCUGUUCAAAAUUACACUACAAUUGACACAGAAUAAACAUUCCACUGAUUUAUGUUAGUCACUCUGCUUGGGCACAGACACUGAAAGUACACAUCCUCUACAAAUGGGUUUUGAAAAUGAUAUAGUACCCUAAAAUGUAUACAUUUACUACGCUGUAAGUAUACCGUCAUAUGACAAUUCAGAAUGCAGAACAGAUACAGUCACCUACAAAAGCAAGGAUACUCGUAAAGUAAAGCAAAGGUUUCAGAGAGGCAAUCAUCAUGUUUUAUUCUUAAGCUAUGUAUGACAAGUGCUGAAGUGUACUGGUUUAGAGCUUGGCAGCAAAAUAAAUAAAUAAACAAACAACACUGCUUCCUUUACAACA